AUGACUGCUGUCCAUGAUGAGGUGUGUGUUUGGAGGGAACCCUGGCUGCAGAGCUGCAGUGUAUAUGGAGGGCGAGUGUGUAACACACUUAUGGCAGGUACUUGGGUAGACAGAACUCCUCUCCAUGAUGCUGCUUUGGAGGGUCGACUGCUACCACUAAAGAGACUCCUCCUUCAGGGACUGCAUGUUGAUGUGGCCACACUGGAUGGCAUCACUCCAUUACAUGAGGCUUGUCUCGGAGGGCAUUUUGCCUGUGCUAAACUCCUGCUGGAACAUGGAGCUAACGCGAAUGCAGUAGCUCUUUAUGGAGCAACGCCUCUGUAUAAUGCCUGCUGCAGUGGAAACCCGGCCCUUCUUCAACUUUUACUGAAGUAUAGUUCUGUUCACCAUCCAGCUCACCUGCACAACUCACCUAUCCACGAAGCAGCAAAGAAAGGUUACACGGCAUGUGUGGAGCUGCUGAUUUCUCAUGAUGCAGAUGCUAAUAUGGAGACAGUGAAAUCAGGGACACCACUGUACUGCGCAUGUGAAGCCAGAAGAACAGAGUGUGUACAGAGACUUCUUAUAUUAGGUGCUGAUGUACAUUGUGGCCAUGGCCUCGACACACCGCUGCAUGCUGCAGUUCGAGCUGGUGGAGAAAAGGAGGUGGCUUUGUUGCUGGAGCAUGGGGCUGAUGGGACAUGCAGGAACUCAGAAGGGAAGACACCCCUGGACCUGGCUACAGAUAAGAACAUCCAACAUUUACUACAGACAGCGGGUCCAGACUCCCUGUCACAGCUCAGCAGGUUGUGUAUUCGUCGUACCUUGGGCCAAAAAAGACUGAGCAGUGCCAGAGUGCUUUACAUACCACACAUCCUACAUGAUUAUAUUCUGUAUCAGUAACACACAUACAGAAUUGCACAGCUAUGUAGAU